AUGUCUGACUUUGAGUCUGAUUUCGGUGCUGACCAGGUCGGGGAGGAAAAUGGCGAUGAUGACCUUGGACCAGAUGCUGGAUUCGUCCCUGGACAAGGACCUUUGGCUAGUGCCCUGGCAGGGAAGAAAAAGGGAGUCCGUAAAGGAGCAAAAAAAGCACCGCGAAAAGCUCCUACCAAAGCACCCCGCCGCCCCAAGCCUGCUCGUGGAAAGAAGCCAGUAAAGGGCAAGAAGAAGAAAACUGAAAACCUGCGAACGCCAAUCUAUAAGGCCCACCCUACCAAGGAUAAAAAUCCCAAUGCACAACUCCGCCGUGUAAGGCCUGGAACUCUUGCACUUCGUGAAAUUCGCUACUACCAGAAAUCCGAACUAAUGCUUCUCCCCAAAGCACCAUUUGUUCGUCUAGUCCGUGAAAUCACACGCGGUGAUCUGCAACAUCAUUUCAUAAGAUUCCAAGCUAGUGCUCUAGAAGCUAUUCAAUCGGCAGCUGAAGCUUUUCUUACCAAGGAAUUCGAAAUGGCAAACCUCCUGGCGAUUCAUGGAAAGCGUGUAACAAUUAUGCAGAAAGAUAUGAAACUCCUGCGUCAGUUGCGGAUGCUUAUGACAGGAUCUGAGGUGCCAGGUAUUUAG